CGGCCGACCGACAGAGGGAGCCGACCGGAGCGGUUAAAGCUCUUCGAGUGGCGGGCGAGGUCGAGGCCUGGGCAUGAACCGAAUCCGCAUCCACGUGCUGCCGUCCAGCCGGGGGCGUGUGACCCCCCAGGCCCGGGCGCAGGAGUCCCAUUCCUGCUCCUUCUCUCCCCGGCCGUGCUCCCAGCCGCGCCUGGAGGGCCUGGAGUACUGCCUCAAGCACGUGCUGGAGGACAAGAGCGCCCCCUACAGGCAGUGCAGCUACGUCUCCAGCAAGAACGGCAGGCGGUGCCCCAGCGCAGCCCCCAAACCUGAAAAGAAGGACGGGGUGACGUUCUGCGUGGAACACGCCCGCAGGAAUGCGCUGGCCCUCCAGGCCCAGAUGAGGAAGGCGCCGUCGGGCCCCUCGCCCGAGAUCCUUCUCUCUCAGCUCAGCGGCUACAGCCGGCCCGAGCAGGGGAGCCAUGGGCACGACAGCAGCCGCAGUGAGGCCAGCCGGAUACUCGAUGAAGACAGCUGCAGCGAAGACGAGCAGGAACCUGCUGUGGUGGAUCAGACGUGGAGAGGAGACCCCGACAGCGAGGCUGACAGCAUAGACAGUGACCACGAGGAUCCCCUCAAGCAUGCAGGAGUGUACACAGCAGAGGAGGUGGCCCUGAUCACCCGGGAGAAGCUGAUCCGGCUGCAGUCCCUCUACAUCGACCAGUUCAAACGGCUGCAGCACCUUCUGAAGGAGAAGAAACGCCGGUACUUGCACAGCCGCAAGAUGGAGCACGAGACCGUAGGGAGCAGCCUGCUGACUGGUCCGGAGGGGCUGUCCAUGAAGGAGAGGGAGAACCUGAAGAAGCUGAAGGCCCUGCGGCGCUAUCGCCGGCGCUACGGAGUGGAGGCGCUGCUGCACAGACAGCUGAGAGAGCGCAGGCUGGCCACCACCGAGGGGCUGCUGCCACAAGCCCACGCGGCGCGCUCCAGCCAGAGGUGCAUCGCCUUGGUGGAUGGUGCCCGCUGUUCGAGCCAGUGCCUUCCAAUGACGCGGCACUGUAUUUCACACAUUUACCAGGACAGCAAUCAGGUGCUGUUCAAGAUGUGCCCCGGCCUGAAGGACGUGCCCUGCGACCGGCCGGUACACCUGGGGCAGUCGGAGGAGCCCCGUUGCCCGCUGCACCUGUCCCUGCCGCCGCCCAUGUACCAGCCCGAGCAGGAGCCGCUGGUGCCCGAGCAUCUGGCCCCGGUGCCCACCGACCUGUACUUGAGCGCCGCUGAACUGCAGCCCACAGAGAACCUGCCCCUGGAGUUCAGUGAUGACUUGGAUGUGGUGGGGGAUGGCAUGCAGUGCCCCCCCUCUCCCCUGCUGUUCGACACAGCCCUGGCCCUGGAGGACCAGUCAAUCCGGGAGAUCGCAGAGGCGCCUCUGGAUAUUCUGACAGCCGAGGAGCAGGCGGGGCUGGAGACCCCAGGGCAGGAAGCGGCCGUCCAUUCCACGGAGCUGGAGCUCUCCGCGAGGGACACGGAGCCCAUGGAGAACCAGGUGGUUUUGGAAGCUUCUGACCUAGCUGGCAAAGCCGGUGAAACGGCGCGUGGCAUCUCUCCAGCCGACUUUAACACCCAGCCGGCAGACGCAACCUGAGCAGCUGCUGCCCGUGUCGCAGGGCUGGGAAACUCUUCUCGCUGUUGGGAACUUGAUGCCCCCACCUCCGGCGUCCCCGCUGCCGCAAGAAGCCCAUCGCUGUUGGAGGAGGGAGUGUGGAGGAUGGGACCGGGACUGCAGUGUCGGCACGUCACGUGUGACUGCUUCGUGGACCACAUUCGUCGCACUGAGGGGCACUUGAGCGGAUUGUCUUGUCACCUCCUGGUUUAACAACGCAUUGCUGAACACGUGCUGAAUGUCCUGUGAACAGCUUGUCCGCCCUCGCUGUGUUUACUGUUGCCCUUCUGCAGACUGCGGAUAACUGAUUCCAUGCCCUCCAUGAGCAUUUUGUGUAGUAGGAGAACGAAUAGGCUGUUCGAGGGGCUUGUUUUUCCAUUCUGUACAGUCAGAUACCAUCAAGAGCACUUGCAGUGAUUGGCACAUCUGUACUCUUUCAGUGUCGGUGAAUAUUUAUUAAAAAAGGCAACUGGA